ACGCUCUUGCGACCAUCUCCGUAGCUCCAUAUUCUGCACUGUGGCGCCACUCGCAUGGUUCAGGUGCGUAUGAUGUGUUCUGUUUCAGUCGAAGUUUUCUCUGUCGAAAUAUGGGAACACAUCAUCGACAUUAUCGCAGUAACGGCGCGCACAACCUCCACGCCUGCUCGCUAGUGUGUAGAGCAUGGUCUGCCAGGAGUCAAUACCGCCUGUUAAAAAGCAUCACGCUGCGAAACGAAGAGGACACCGAGACCUUGGCCGAGCGUGCCAAUAUCGAUAUUGAUCUUCAAGUCGUGGAGCGCCUCACGAUACAUGGCAUGGUGGCUUCAAUGGUUACAGAGGUCCUAUCCCUCACUUGUUCACAUUCGCCGAGAAGCUGUUGCCAUUUCUACCAUGCCUCAGAGACCUGGUCCUGCGCGAUGCCGACUGGGGCGUCAUGAGUGGCCUUGAAGUCAACAAAGACGUCUUCAGGUGCCUCCGUACCUCCUCAUCCAUCAGACAGCUCCACCUCGACAACGUCCGUAUCUCCAGUAACAUCGUGUUCGCCCGUUUCGUCCAAGCUCUAGCCUACUGCAAGCAAGUCACGUUUUCGGACACUCAUGUCGGUCCCAGUGGCAUGUUUUUCAAAAAGGUGGCGAUCGGCACGAAGUCACUGCGAGAGAUCCUCGAAGAGCUCUCUGACGGACGUAUUGGCAGUUCAAGGCGGCCGUCUUUCGACGGUGAGUCUAGUGAAAGCGACGAAGAGCGCCUUGGGAACGUAAUCCAGAGCCAUACUAAUCUCGCGACCGAGGAUGGCAUGAUAACUACGGAUGAGUAUGACUCUGUGGUGCUCGAGCGACCAAUGCAGCCGCUGCAGGAAGUCUUCGAUAAUGAAGCAGGUCAACAUUUCAUCGAGCUGCUGAAGAGCGACACAUCCCUUCCAGAGUUGGACGGCGCAACCUACGACAAGGACAAUAUAUUGGGAACUCUCCUAGCAGUGUUGUCUUCGAAACAAGGCAUCCAGGUCGUCAAAAAGUUCGCACAGGCUGGGUGCCAUCAGUCAGCUGUGAACAUCUUAGACGCUGUACUAUACAGAAUCGCGCCCCAAUCCCGCUUGGCCACGACUCUGUUUCACACGCUCCGCGAGUUAUGCGUACAAUACGGUGAUAUACCUGAUUCUUUAAUCCUGCCUUACGAUUCCGGCGUCUUCUGGGGUGAUCGAAUAGAGUGUGGAGGAUACGCGGAUAUCUACCUCGGACAGUGGAAGAAGCAGGUUGUCUGUAUCAAGGCCAUCAAUGUGUAUAGGCGCGACUCCCUCGAGACGUUGGUGAAGACCAUUACCAAAGAAGCAACAGUCUGGAAACGUCUUGUACAUCCGAACAUUGCACCCUUCUAUGGUCUUGAUUGUGAACACUUCAACAUAAAUAUGAUUUGCAAGUGGAUGCCGAAUGGGAAUAUCAUCGAAUUCUUGAACAAGAAUCCGAACGCAAGUUGCUCACAGUUGCUCCUGGAUGUUGCUCGCGCACUCGAGUAUCUACAUUCUGACCAUGUCGGUAUUAUACACGGAGACCUUGAAGGAGCCAAUGUCUUGGUGGACGAACAUAACCGCGCCUGUCUCACGGAUUUCGGCCUCUCAACCAUCAUAUAUAAUAGCGGCACGCUAGACACGAUCGCGCAGGCGAGCCAUUUCAAGUCAACACUUCGUUGGAUGGCUCCAGAAAUACACGACCCCGGAGAAAGCGCAGUACCAUCAAGGGAGAGCGAUGUAUAUUCGUACUCUAUGGUGAUAUGGGAGGUAUUCACGCGGAAGAUACCGUUUCCAAACGUUCGCAGUGACGGGAGCGUCAUACGCAGAAUCAUCAACGGUGAAAGACCUCAGCGCCCGAUGGAAGCCACCUCCCUCGGGCUAUCCGACACCGUCUGGUCUAUCAUGGAACAGUGUUGGAGGGCAGACCCUUCCGCGAGACCGUCGAUGACGGACGUGAUUGCUCAACUGGAAGACGAGUGGUGUUUGCAAUCACCCUCGGAUGGAAUCAUUGCCAGCCUUGGCGAGCGGACUAUCGAAUAACUCGGACUGCCGAUAGAAAUGUACCCGGCACACUAGUACCGAGACCAUCUACUACAUACUAAGCUACUACUAAGUACUAGAUCUCCGAGGAUUGGCCACUGCAACUUUUCGUUGCUCUUUCAUAAUCUUCAUCUGAAAGGGAUAUGCAGCUCACUGCUAAGUUCGUAUGAUCCGAGAACACUAUAGAGACGUUCAAGCCCGUAUGUACAUAUGUAUACCAAACUUAAUGCUGCUCCCGAAUGUCGGGGUGUCCAACUUGUGUCCAAC